UCCUUGCUUGUCACGUGUCAAAACAAACGGUCGCUGUUCCUGCUACAAUUGUGGUUCCUAUCUAAAGUUUGGUGCUGAUUGUUUUGUCUGUUUGUCAGUGAAAUUUUUGAAAUUUUGACACCGUCUCCAGUUUUAAUAGCUACCUAAAAUCACGCUGACUAACACUUUGUAAUUUUCCUGGUGUUCUCGAGCCGUGUCUAUCAGGAUCAAUGGCGUCCUAUCUAACAGAGUGGGUCACGUCAUGUUUGAACAUAAUUUUGACAGCCACUGCACUCUACUACUCUUACAAACUAUUUAAGGUCCACAGAGCACCUUCAGUAGGCUUCUUUCUGCUUGGGAUCUCUGCAGCAAUUUCCAUCUUGCAUCCCUCCAGCCCCUACCUCACCUCCCUGCAGAGAGAAGCAGAAUGGGCUGCUGAGGUGCUGGCUCCAGUGUUGGUCUCCUUUGAUUUCCUUUGGCUCAGUCAGGACCGUAACACAGCACAGAUUCUCCUCUGUGGUUCUUGCCUGCUGCUCGGACUCUCUGACUGGCUCUCAGCAGAUACUCUCACAAUUAUGACUCGCUGUCUGGGCCUAUCAUCCCUCUCCUGCUGCCUGACGGUGUGUUUGUUUGCUGGUAAUGCUUCAGGGGCCUUUGGGAGCAUGGCCCUCAGCCUCCCCUUACUGCUGACUCAUAGGUUUGGAACAAAAACUUUUGCUCCUCUGCUUUUUCCAGUUGCUACAGAAGGACUGAUGAAGUGUCUUUUAAAGGGGUCACUGUUGAUAGGCUGUUGGGUGUCAACUCUUGCUCUUGGCAAGUUUCUGUUGGAUGUGACUGACCAAGCUGUCUAUUUAAGUUCAUAGAAAUCUCCUAAAUGUAGGUAUUUUUGACGUUGACAGAUGUGACUGACAAACUAGAACAAUGCAGAAAUCUAUUGUGCCUAUUAAUGUGUCAAUAUAAUAAAUAAUAGCUCCAGUAAUAGUUUGUUCAAUCUUCUCUAGGAUUUGACGUUUAUCUUUUUCCUGCAUCAUCAUGCAGCAUUUUUAUGGCUCAUAAUGAGCUUUUGGGGAGUAAACGAAACAUGGCAGUAAGCAUGUAUGCAGUAAAGACAGUGAGUCUGUGUUACUUUAUUUAAGUGAAAUCUAUGCACACUGUCUUUUGAUUACAAAAAUACUUGUGUAAAUUAAUACCCAGUUAAUAUAACUGGUUAAAAAAAAAUCCCAUUUGAAGGUAUGGGGGUUUGCUGUGGACUGGUCUCAUAUCUCUACCUUUUGCCUCCUUGUCUCCUCUGACCUUUGUCUACCUGCUCUGUAAGACACACACUGUUUCUGUGUGUGUGAUGAUGUCUUAUCCUCACCUCACUAGGAAAGGAAUCAAGGAUGUAAGAAAUAAGUUUGCGGGUGGGGGUGGGGGGUUGUUGAGUGUGAUACCAAAAAGUUACACAUGAUUUAUGAAUUUGAAACAUAUCUUUUGAAAAACCCAAGAAACCUAAGGUGCCAGCUUAGGGUGUGGGAAGCUGAAACUUUUAAUGGGAUUUAAAAAUGUGAUUUUAACUGAUUAAUGGGGGCUCAUAGAAAGGCAUCAAGGUUUAUGGUUCAUCAUCUUAGAGAUCACAUGUACUAAAGCAUAGCAUAGUUUUAUACAGGAAAUAUUUAUGCAAGAAAUAAAAUGUAUCCUCCUAAAUACAUGUUGAGUUACAUGUUACAGUUAUUGUUAUGGCCUUUUAGAAAAAUGUCCAAACAUUUAAGAAAUUGAUUUAAUUCUGGAUGAAAUUAAAGAUGGGAAAAUUGUCCAGCAUGAAAGUACUACAGUAUGAAUACUACAAUAGUCAUUUUUGUAAUGCUUGUUUUUGCUUGCCUCUGCAUUUCCUGGAACAUACAGCCAAACCAAGAGAACAUGACUGAAGAUACCCUUUUUUUUUUUUAGAUGUGUUGUGUUUGACUAUUCUGUAGAUGUCAUUUGUAUAUUUGAACUUCCUGUAUGAAUUUCCUUUUUAGCAUGGUUCUUCCAUCUUCCGGCUCUUCUAACAGUUUUAAUGUUGUGGUUUCCAGCUGCCUCAGAGUCUGGGUGAUAUUUGUUCUGCAGACUCAGCACGAUGUCUGUUUAAGAAAAAAAAAAAAUCUGCAGUGGUCGAAGGUUUUGGCCCAGCUCUUACCUCAUAACGACUGUUUGAUUCUUAUCAGUUCAUUUAAACAACGAAAAAAAACUUUCUUAGUUUGUAUCAGCUGUCUUGGUACUUGAAACAACCUGGCCUGUUUAAACCACCCUUGUUUCACUGUGUCCCAUGUCAUUUACAUUGACCUUGUGAGAUAUUGAUAUUCUUUACAGUGAUUUGUAGUGGACGCUGCAGAGGCUCCCUAAAGAUUUCAGGGGUGUGAGCAGCUUCCUCAGCAGUUUUUUUUUUUCUUUUUGCAGUAUAUGUGCAAGCAUCUGUGCCUUUCUCUGGGACUGCCUAUGUCAGUCUUCAGGGAAAAGAUGAACACUGAUGCUUUUUACCAUUUUUCUGGGAAGUCCAAAAUGUUAUGGUAAUUGUUGCCUUUUAAAGUGUUAGUUUUCUAUUUUUUGACCAUUUAGAAGUGUGACAUUUUGUAUUUAACUUGUUAAAUAAAUAAACAUGUAAAAAAACUAGUCAUAGUUAUGUAACCUGACAGCUUCUUACUGUUGUGCCAUCUAUCAUUGUUAAACCACUUCUUUAGUCCUUGAAACCAUUCCGAUGUUUUCAGAUGCAUGAAGCUGCAGCUUCUGAUUUUUCCGAGCGCCUUUUAUGGUCACUGUCACCCCUGACUGCGACCACUGGCAUCAGACCUACAACCUCAAUCUGUCUCCAUGACUGCCUGUAUCUGUCACUUCACCACUGCAGCGCAGCGGGAAACUGCACUGAGCAUGCUCGCUGCAGAUGCAGCCUGUAGCUGGAGCAAAGUGGAGAAAAGGGGAGGAGAGAGGAGAGGACGGUUGGGAAGGAGGCACAGAGGAGCUGCAUGCAGCUGUGAGAUGCUGUUGCAGCUCUGAGAACAAGAGCUGCACGGGAAGAGUCAUCACUGGGAAUACAGAUGGAAGCUGAAAGUGGAAUACGAACGACUGGAAUGUUGGAGAGUCGACACCAAAGAGGAGAAUUCAUUUGAUAAGAGACUCUUGGGCAGCGUGGAGAUGUAUGCCUUUUACUCCCUUUUGGUCUACAUCUUCUACACUGUCUUUAAGAAGGAGGAGGAGGAAGCCUUGGAAGGGGCGUGUGGAGAUUCCCCAGAUGAGCCAGGACCUGUUUCCAUGGAAACAGGGAGCAGGAGGAGAGAUGGCCACACCCCCAAAGUGGGAAAAAAAGCUUGUGCUCGCUUUAGUGAAUCAAGCAGCAGCAGUGACACAGAUGAAAUGAGCAAUGAAGAUGAGGAAGACGCCCCUGACAUCCCAGCUUGCACUCCUCUGGCCGCUUUUCUAUCUUUCAAGCAGGAUGCUGAGAAGAGAAGAGCUUCCCAGGUUCAGCUCGAAACAACAGAAAAGUUGGCAGAGUCUCCCCUGGUGGCAGUGAUGUCCCACUUGCUGAGUUUUCUGGAGCAGUAUUCCCAUUUCCAGCAACUGCAGCAGCAGGCUGACCAGUACCGGGUCCAGCUGAAGAGGCACCGAGUCCAGCACCGCCGCCAGAUGAAGGCUCUCCGAGCCUCCUACCGCCAGCGUCUCCGGGACAAGAACAGCAUCAUCAGCAGUCUGGAGGAGGCCAUCAGCCAGCAACAGUGCCCCAGUCCAAUGAGUGAGGCUGAGUCUAGCAGUGAUGAAGGGGCACAAGCUGGGGUUCACAGGCUGGUGCAGUCUCUGCAUGGCCUGCAGGGUGAGAGGAGUAAGCUGAGAGGAGAACUCCGUCUGCUGCACUCCCAGCUGGAGCAGAAAGAAAGGGACAGACACUCUCGUAUUCAAGCCUUUCAACAGCAGAUUGAUGAGCUGAAGAGCUGCAUCGAGGAGCGUGAGGAGGAGCUGUCAAGACUGAGAACAGCCACUGGGGCCACGGACUCGGAGAAGCGGGUCCUGUGUCUGUCAGCAGAGAAUGAGAGUCUGAAACAGAGCCUGAGCGUAACCCAAGGCCUCCUGCAGCAGCUCUCAACCAUCCCCUCCCAGUCGAGCACCAUGCUCAUCAAGGAAAAUGAGAACCUCCGUGGCAGAGUGCAGCAGCUGGAGCUCUCCCUACAGCAGCGUGCUGAGCAGCUGUCGCAAAUGGAGCGACGGAGUGAACAAAGCGAGUGGAGAAGAGGCGAGGAGCUGAGGAAGAGAGAGGACAGAGUGAGAGAGCUACAGCUGGAGUUGGAUAGAGAGCGAGGCAAGGAGCCAGUUAUUAAGUAUGUCACGCAGACCGUGGAGGUGGAAUCUCCAGCCACAGUAAAGCAGCUAACCAAAGCCAGACAGAGGAAUGAGUUGUUGUCCGAAAGGCUGUCCGGUCAGAAUGAGCGGUGCAAACAGCUGGAGGAACAGAUCAGGAAGUCAGACGAAUACAGCUGUAAUCUGCAACACAAGAUUGCGGCGUAUGAACGAGAAAUCAGUAAACUGAAAGAGGAGCUGCUGAAAGAGAUUGGCCACUUAGAGGAGAGGAAGGAGGAGGCUGUGAAGGCUGCUGCAAACUGCUCAGCAGAACACUUUCAGAACCUGCAGGACCAAUUCUUCAGCUUGCAGAAGCGUCUGACAUCACUUCCUCCAACUUUACGCUCUAUGAAGACAGACUACGCCAGCCUGAGGAGCCAGGUUCGAAAUUUCUCAGAGUUUUAUGGAGCAGCUAUCAGCGAAGCAAAAAAACAGAUUUCAGCUGCUAUUAGUGAGAUGUCUGAAGCCAACAAAGAUCUCCUGGAGAAAUAUAGGAAAGAAGUCGCACUGCGCAGGAAGUAUCACGAGCAGCUGGUGGAGCUUAAAGGCAACAUUCGCGUGCUGUGUCGCGUGAAGCCGGUGCUAAAGGAGGACCAGCACGAGGAGGGCCACUCGGUGGUCGUGACGACGGACCCCAACAACGAGUCCUCGCUCACGGUGCUGAGCAAAGGAAAGGCUCGCAUCUUUGAAAUGGACAAAGUCUUCCACCCACAGUCCACACAGGAAGAGGUCUUCCAGGAGAUUGAACCUCUUGUGACGUCCUGCAUCGAUGGAUACCACGUCUGCAUAUUUGCUUACGGACAGACAGGCUCUGGAAAAACCUACACUAUGGAGGGUACUGUGGAAAACCCAGGUAUCAACCAGCGAGCACUGAAACAUCUUUUCAGUGAGAUUGAGGAGAGGAAGGACAUGUGGUCUUACAGUGUCACAGUCAGUUCUGUGGAGAUCUACAAUGAGGUGCUAAGAGACCUGCUGAGUAAAGAUGGAGAGAAACUGGACAUAAAGAUCAACCCGGACGGAACAGGACAGCUGCACGUGCCGGGCCUCAGGGUCAUCGAGGUAAAGAGCUUUCAGCACAUCAAAAAGAUUCUAGCAACAGCCCGAAGGAACAGGAUUACCUUUGGCACUCAGAUGAACCAGCACAGCUCCCGCUCCCAUGCCCUGCUUUGUAUCACUGUUCAGGGCACUGACCUCGCCACUGGUUCCAAAACCACAGGCAAGUUGAACCUGGUGGACCUGGCUGGCUCGGAGAGGGUGUGGAAGUCUGGUGCAGAGGGAGAGAGGUUGAAAGAGGCCCAGAAUAUUAACCGCUCUUUGCUGGCACUGGGAGAUGUAAUUCAGGCACUUAGGGCUCGGCAGACCCACAUCCCCUUCAGGAACUCCCGUCUUACUUAUUUAUUGCAAGACUCCCUGGGAAAGGGCAGCAAGACUGUCAUGGUUGUGCAGGUUUCUGCUCUGGAGAGUAAUGUGGGAGAGACCUUGUGCUCGCUGAAGUUUGCUCAGAGGGUGUGCAAGGUGGAACUGGGUCCUGCUGCCAGGAAGAUUGAAUCGGGUGGAGGACAGUGUGACUGACAGCCUUGAACCACUAGCAGUGAAUGAAUCAGUCAGUACCAGCAAAUGAAAACUCCACACUAUCAACAAGAUUACGAGCAAUCGUGCUCAAGGGCUAAAUCUGCAGGCGUCUACUUGGCACCAAAUGCCAGCCUGCAAUCAAGGUUAAGUAUUGAGGAUUUUAUCCUCCGCUUUGCCAUUUUCUGCUUCUGUUCCCUUUAUUAUUAUUAAAAUCUGCAUGCAGGCGUAUUUAUUCUUCCACUCCGAGUGCCAAAACAUCAUCUAACUCGUCCCACUGUCAGAACUUUGAUGCUUCCUCUGAUCCACUCUAGCUCAGUUUCUUAAAUGCAAAAAUGCAGGAUCUGUUGUUUCCUGUGAUCAUCAGCGUUUAGAGCUACAAACAUGCUCAUACAGGUUUGACAAGCUUCCAGAGGCACAAUAUCAGCACUUCACUUUUUGCAGUAUUAGUCAUUCUGCUAUAAAUGUCUGUAGUUUGUAAGCUUUGUCGCCAAUGUGGUAUAUUUUUGAAGGUUGUAGUGUGUAGGAGAGUCUAUUAUGGGCUAUUAUUCAUAUCAAUGACAUUUAUGUCACAUGUUUGUGUAGUUUUUUGUGUGGAUUUCAGGUGAGCAGUGACUGAAUUUCUUUUUAGAUCUUUGAUAAGUUUUGUGUAAAGAGGGAAGCUGUUGGAGGGAGCAGGUGGCCUUGUAUUAGACUGGUAAUAUAAUCAGCUGUGCAAUAUCCUCCUUCUCGAGGAGACAGUUUGGGCCUAUUGAAAUCGAAGAUGCACUUUAUUGUGAAAGCAUAGGAGCAUUUCAGUUCAGGUCAGUGCAAUAGGUAUUAGUAGUGAAUGUCAUACCAAAAAUACAGCUUAUUGUUCAUAACUGUUUGUCAUGUUAUCACCCACUGAUUCAAAACUAACUUUUGAGUCAAAUGUAGCAAGACAUUAGUGUUGCAGUAACUACCAUGAGUGCUUAGGUGUCACUAAAUGAUGCUUUUCAGAACAUUUUCUGAAUAAAUGUGUAUUUAAGAAGU